AUGGUAGUUUUGUUACAGCCGGCCACUUUUGAUAGCGACGUCUAUGUGAACCCAAAAUGCAAACCGAGUCCGGUUUUAAUCCCGGUUGUGGACUUAACCGAGCCAGAUGCCAAAACCCAAAUCGUGAAGGCAUGCGAGGAGUUUGGCUUCUUCAAAAUCGUCAGCCAUGGGGUCCUACCCGAUCUUAUGACCCAGUUGGAGCAAGAAGCCAACAACUUCUUUGCUUUGCCUCACUCUCUCAAAGAGAAAGCGGGUCCAACCGACCCGUUUGGUUACGGUAGUAAACAGAUCGGAUCCAAAGGUGACAUGGGCUGGAUUGAGUAUAUUCUCCUCAAUGCUAAUAAUCAUCUUGAGUCUACCAAAACCGCAGCUGUUUUCCAGCAAACUCCUACAAUUUUCAGAGAGGCGGUGGAAGAGUACAUGGAAGAGAUGAAAGGAAUAUCGAGCAAAGUUCUGGAUAUGGUAGCGGAAGAGCUAAAGAUAGAGCCAAAGGAGAAGCUGAGCAAUUUAGUGAGGGUGAAGGAGAGCGAUUCGUGCCUGAGAAUGAACCAUUACCCGGACAAGGAAGAGAGUCCGGCCAAGGAAGAGAUAGGGUUCGGUGAGCACACGGAUCCACAAUUAAUAUCAGUGCUCAGAUCAAACGACACUGAGGGUUUACAAAUCUGUGUCAAAGAUGGAACUUGGGUCGCGGUUCCACCUGAUCACUCCUCUUUCUUCGUUAUUGUCGGAGAUACUCUUCAGGUGUUGACUAACGGAAGAUUCAAGAGUGUGAAACACAGAGUGCUCACAAAUACAAAGAAGUCAAGGUUAUCGAUGAUCUACUUCGCAGGUCCACCGUUGACCGAGAAGAUUGCACCAUUAUCAUGUCUUGUCCCAAAGCAAGAGGAUUGGCUUUAUAAAGAGUUUACUUGGUCUCAAUACAAGUCAUCUGCUUACAAAACCAAGCUUGGUGACUAUAGGCUUGAGCCAAGUGAUCCUAUGACGGACAAUAUUACGAUCGCGGCACAGCUCGCUCUUCUCAUGGAGCAAUUUACCAAACGAUUUAAUGGCUUUGGUGAGAGGUUCGAUAAGGUGGAAAAACAGAUCGGAGCUCUUCAAGAAACUUCAGCGACUACUGCAGCUGCUACGGAGAGUAACACAGCUGUUCUUCAAUCGCUGACUUCGGUUUCAGGCACAAACCAGAAGGGAAAACUCGCUAGUGGACCACCAGUCAAAUUCACAGAAGAACAGCUACUUGAUGUUGAGCUUUUAAGUGGAACCCAGAAAAUCAGAGAAGCAAUCGGUGGAGCGGGAGAAGGAACAUCGCCAUGCCGAUGGUGGUGGUGUUUGGAACGUAAAACCAAUUGGAGUACCAAACACCAGCAAGGUUUUCCUCCGAAUGAUUUCCGUGUUCAAGAUGAUCCGACAUGGAAAACGACUUCUGAUCGAGACCUCAACCAUGAAAAGCGUCUUAUUCCAGCAGCGAAGAUGGAUUUUCCAUCGUAUGAUGGUACAACCAACGCUAUUGAAUGGUUACAGAAGUGUGAGGAUUACUUUACAGACCAGGGAGUGAUUAGCGAUGAGGCACGGGUUCGCCAAGCAACUUUUGUAUUGACUGGAAAAGCAUACCAUUGGAACAAUAAUCUGAGGCGUUUAGUAACUCAACAACUAAGCUGGAGAGAGUUUAAACAGACUUGCAAGAGUCGGUAUGGUAAAGCAGAUUCAGUCAAUCCCAUGGGAGAGUUAUCAAACCUUAGACACACAAGAACCGUCGAUGAUUAUUGCAGACAAUUUGAGGAGUGUCUCGGACGACAAACAAAACUUACUGUAGAUCAGCAAUCGUGGCUAUUUUGUGCAGGUUUGACCGAUAGCUUAAGUAAGGAGGUCGAGUAUCUUCGUCUAGCCAAAAUCUUUAAAGCAAUGGAGUAUGCAAGAGAUAAUGAGUGUCAGAUCGAUAAUGACAAGCGUACUCGCACAUUUGGGGGACAUCUCGCGCCAGCAAGAAGAUCUAUUGGAGUUCUUCAGCCUCAACAAGAAGAAGCAAAACAGGCAACACCGAGAAAAUAUUGGAAGAAGUUAACUGUGGAAGAAAUGGCAGAGCCAAAAGCAAAAGGACUUUGUUUCAAUUGUGAUGAGCUCUUCACGCGGGAUCAUGCUUGUAAUCCAAUGCUUUUUCAUAUAAUGCCAGUCAGGGAUGGAGAUAAUCAAGAGGAUGAGCCAUACGACGAAGAAAACUGGAAGGAUGAAUAA